AAAUAAAAUUAAGAAUAAAACUCAGCCCAAAAUUCUCGCUCCCGCCCUCUUCUCUCUUGCUCGCCGCCGCCGGACCGCCCCGCCCCGUCUCCUCCGGUAGCAGCCGCAGCACAGCACGUCGGCAGCAGCGCAGCAAGCCUGCAGAAGUCCGCCCAGCUGCACCGCAGCACCAGUCCGCCUCCGUCAGCCAGCAAUAGGGAUUAGGUAUCUGAAAUGAAUCUCCUUUAUCCGUUUCUCAAGCUCACUCUCUGACCUCCGUCUUCGAAAUUCUCAUUCUCGCGCUCACUGCACACUCUCACCCCUUGCCUGAAGGCCUCCGACGCCGGCGACGCCCCUGCCCCCGCCCUGCUGCCGUGCUGCUCUGUUCAGACGACAGACACAGACACGCCACCACCGCUGCCGCAGCCCUCAUCGAGCACUGUCGCCGCCUGUUUGGCCGAGAUGAAGAUAGCUGUGGAAGGGUGCAUGCAUGGUGAUUUGGACGAUGUAUAUGCUACUCUUUUACACCUGCAAGAAAUCGAAAAAACCAAAAUUGAUCUUCUCAUUUGCUGUGGGGACUUCCAGGCCGUUCGGAAUGAGAAAGAUCUGGACAGCUUAAAUGUGCCACCUAAGUACCUGACAAUGAAAACUUUCUGGAAGUAUUACUCGGGGGAGAAAGUAGCACCCUUUCCAACUAUAUUCAUUGGCGGGAAUCAUGAAGCAUCCAACUACCUUUGGGAAUUGUACUAUGGUGGAUGGGCUGCACCACAAAUCUACUUUCUUGGAUUUGCUGGAGUAGUGAAGUUUGGAAAUAUUCGUAUUGGUGGACUUUCUGGAAUUUAUAAAGCAAAUCACUAUCGUUUAGGACAUUAUGAGAAGCUGCCUUACAAUGAACAAGACAUCAGGUCUAUAUAUCAUGUGCGCGAGUAUGACGUACAUAAGCUCAUGCAAGUUCAGGAGCCCAUUGAUAUAUUCCUUUCUCAUGAUUGGCCUUGUGGAAUUACUGACCAUGGGAACGUGAGAAAUCUUAUACGCCAAAAACCCUUUUUCGAGAGAGAGAUUUCAGAAGGAACAUUGGGAAGUCGAGCUGCUGCAGAUUUGCUGGCUAAGUUGAUGCCUCCUUACUGGUUCUCCGCGCAUCUACACUGCAAAUUUCCUGCUCUUGUUCAACAUGGCAAUGGCGGCUCUCUAACAAAAUUUCUUGCCCUUGAUAAGUGCAUCGCCGGAAGAAAAUUUUUGCAGAUUUUUGAAAUUGAAUCAGAGCCAGGGCCUUAUGAACUCCACUAUGAUGAAGAAUGGCUUGCAAUCACAAAGAAGUUUAACCCAAUCUUCCCUCGGACUAGAGCGCCCGCAAAAUUUAGUGAUGCUACCCUCAACAUUGAAGAGUGCCGUCAAUUUGUGAAGAAUAAGCUUCAAACACGAGGCAGCAGACCCUUUGAGUUUGUUCAAACUGCACCAUGCCACAAUCCAUAUCAGUCUGUCGUUAGCAAUUUCCCCUCUGGACAUUGUCGGAACCCUCAAACAGAAGCUUUCUUAGAGUUGCUAGGACUUCAAUAUUGCCUCGACACCUAUUCUGAAUCACGGGAGCUACAAAGUUCUGGAUCACUUGUUUCCAGAGGAUCUGUUUGCAGUGAAGAUAUUCCAAUUGACGAUAUAGAUGAUGACGACGAACUAAUGGAAUAGAUGAUGGAGAAACUUAGAAAGAAAAUCAUAAAACUAUGUCCAGGACCCAGGCAGGAUGUCCAGUCAUGCCAUAGAAAUCACCAAGAUCACAUGAUCUACUGAUAUUGCUGUCAAGACCAUAAGAGCGGGAUCUAGGUCAGUUGAUCUACCGACGUUCAUGGUCUUUCCCUUACAAACUAUGUGACCAUUUCGGAAGCAUUAUCUACACGUAAUCUUCUCAAACUCUAAACUGCAUCACACAGCUAAACGAAGUUGGCAGGUCAUUGUUAGAGAAGGGAAUGGGGCAAAAAUGUUAGUAAUACUGACUAUCAAUGGUAGACACUAUGCAUUAUGUAAAUAGAGAUCUCAUAAAUAUUCUUGCCAAUAGAUGACAAGUUCUAGUUAACAACUAUAUGCAUUGCUUUUCUUACCAAA